AUGUCAAGUUCCCCCGUGGAGUCAGAGGGCAGCCCAGAGCUGGAGGACAACCAAGCAGUGAAGAGCCCCAGCCCAGGGAAGUCGCUGAGCCCUGUGCUGAUGUGCAAGGUGUGUGGAGACACCAGCAGUGGGAAACACUAUGGAAUAUACGCCUGCAAUGGCUGCAGUGGAUUCUUCAAGCGCAGCGUGCGGCGAAAGCUCAUCUACAGAUGUCAAGCUGGUACAGGGAUGUGUCCAGUGGAUAAAGCCCAUCGCAAUCAGUGCCAGGCGUGCAGAUUGAAGAAGUGCCUGCAGGCUGGCAUGAACAAAGAUGCGGUUCAGAACGAACGACAGCCCCGCAGCACGGCUCAGGUCCGGCUGGAUGCCCAAGAGCUCGACCCUGAAAAGGAGCACUUUGCCACAACAAGGGAGCCCACCCCCUCCUCCAUCAGCAACCAGCGGCCUGUCUCCUCCUCAGUCAGCACCCAGCGAACCAUCAGCCCACAGAAUCACCGCUUCAUGGCCAGCCUGAUGACUGCAGAGACCUGCGCCAAACUGGAGCCAGAAGAUGUGGAUGAGAACAUUGAUGUGACGAGCAACGAGCCAGAGAGACCCUCCUCAGAGUAUCAGAUGUCCUUGUACCCACCCAGCAGUCCUGAGAACGUGUAUGAGACAUCAGCUCGGCUCCUCUUCAUGGCAGUCAAAUGGGCCAAAAAUCUGCCAGUAUUUUCCAAUCUACCAUUCCGGGACCAGGUGAUAUUACUGGAGGAAGCCUGGAGUGAGCUUUUUCUGCUCUGUGCUAUCCAAUGGUCCUUGCCUCUAGAGAGCUGCCCUCUUCUCUCUGUGCCUGAGCUCUCUCACAGUCCCCAAGGCAAGACCAGCUCCACCAUAGCAGACAUCCGGAUCCUGCAGGAGAUUAUGAGCCGGUUUAAGAGUCUUGGUGUGGACCCCACGGAAUUUGCUUGUCUGAAAGCUGUUGUACUCUUCAAACCAGAAACACGAGGCUUGAAGGAUCCGGAGCAGGUGGAGAAUCUGCAAGAUCAGUCGCAGGUGAUGCUGGGACAGCACAGCAGAACACACUACCCGACCCAGCCCGUCAGGUUCGGGAAGCUGCUGCUCCUCCUGCCCUCCCUGCAGUUUGUGUCCUCAGGACGCAUCGAGCUUCUCUUCUUUCACAGAACCAUUGGCAACACUCCUAUGGAGAAGCUCCUCUGCGACAUGUUCAAGAGCUGAACUUCUUAUAAUAGCGUCUCUCUCCUGCCCAUCUUGCAUACCCCUUGCAUCUUCUGUCCUGCUGUCUUUACCCCUAAACAUCCUGUGUCACCUUAUCUCCGUCUCAACCACACUUUGCACCAGCUCUCCAGCAGUAUCCCAACAUUCUGAUUCACUGUCCCCAAGUGCUUCCAACCAACCUACCCUCUAAAUCCUGAGCACUUUUAAAUCUAUUGUAUAUUGAUUAUAUUUCUAUAUAAUAAAAAUAAAAU